AUGAUGGGGCCUGACCCACCACGCUCUGCCUCCAGCUCAGCCGAGAUCUGCUCCAAGUGCUGGACCCUGAUGACCAUCGCUGUCCGCAUCAUCGACCGCGCGCUCGUGGAGGACCUGGGCAUGAAGCAUCGCCUGUGGGUGUACUCGGGCCGAAGGGGCGUCCACUGCUGGGUGUGCGACGACGCGGUGCGGAAAUGGUCCCCGGCACUGCGGGCGGCCGCCGUGGAGUACCUGACCCUGGUGAAGGGUGGAGCAGAGACUGUGAAGAAGGUGAACAUCUCUGAGCCCGUCCACCCCUUCAUCAGGCGGUCGGUCAGUGUGGUGGAGAAGUACUUUGAGGCGUACGCGCUGGUGGGCCAAGACAUCCUGGGCACCCCAGAGAGCUGGGAGAAGGUGCUGGCCCUUGUGCCAGAAGAUAUCCUUCCUGGACACCGUGAGCCAUUGCAGGGCGAGUUCCCCAAGAAGCGGGACUCGGUGCAGCGCUGGGAGCUGCUGAAGUGCAGGAUGGAGCGGACGCGGGUGACAGGGACCGGGAAGAGCGCGGUGUGCUACGCAGACUGGGAGAUCAUGCUGCAGUACUGCUUCCCUCGCCUUGACAUCAACGUCAGCAAAGGCGUUGGGCACCUGCUGAAGAGCCCCUUCAGCGUCCACCCCAAAACAGGGCGCAUUUCAGUGCCGCUGGAUCGGCAGAGGCUGGACCAGUUCUCCCCGUUCGCUGUCCCCACCAUGAGCUCCCUGUGCCACGAGCUGGAUGCGGCUGGUGAUGAUGGGGAGCAGGAGGACGUUGGGGAGACGGAGCCAAAGCGCCGUGCACGGGACUACAAGAAGACGAGCCUGGCGCCCUACGUGCGGGUCUUUGAGCAGUUCGUGGAGGAGAUGGAGCGUGCCCGGAGGGGAGAGCUGCUCCGGAGAAGCGACGUGCUGGGACGUGCUGCCUCUGGGUUCGGGGUUGACACCGUGUGCGGAGCUGGAGUUGCCAAAGGGCGGCUGUUCUUCAUGCUGCUCAUUCCCCACCUCUGA